AUGAGUUUUCAAUGGACUUUUCUAGCGACAUUUCUCUAUUGUGAAUUAGUCGUUGUCUUUAUUUUACUCUUACCAUUUAUCUCACCAGUCAUUUGGCAAAAAUUCUUUAAAUCAAGGAUUGCAAAAGCAUUUACAGCUGGUGCUAAAUAUUAUUUUAAUUUUAUUAUAUGUAUUUUUACAUUACUUUUUCUCGACUCAAUUCGUGAGCUUCGUAAAUAUUCGGGUUUCGAAGUUAAAGAUUUAAACACACCACAUGCUGAAGCUCAUGCACAUAUGAAACAAUUUCGUUCACAACGAAAUUUCUAUAUUGCUGGUUUCGCUCUUUUUCUUUGGUUUGUUAUCAAACGUUUAAUUCAUCUUCUAUCAGAAUGUGCUCGUAAUAUGGCAGAUUCAUCUGCAGCACGUAAACAAGCUGAAGGUGCACAUCGUCAUUUAGAAGGACUUAUGACCAAAGAUGCAAAAACAAUUGAUCCAAAAGAACUUGAAGGAUCAACUGAUGAAGCAGGACGAUUUAUUGAUGCAAAAAAACAUGAUGCAGAAAUUGAAAAAUUUAAACAAGAGGUAAUGAAAGCACGUGAAGAUAUUGAUUCAUUACGUGAACAAUAUGACAAUUCAAUUAAAGAUUACGAUAAACUUAAUGAAGAACAUCGAAAAUUACAAGUAAAACUUGCUAUUGCAUCAAGUGGUAGUGAAACAUCAAAAGACAAAUAA